AUGGCCACAACCUUUUCCUCUCUGCCCAUAGUUGAUUUGCAUCCUAUGGAAUUGUCCCACAAGUUGGGCAAGGAACAACAGAGGGACCUAGCAAGCCGGCUAUACGACGUCUUCACAACUACGGGAUUUGCCUAUCUAGUCAAUCAUCCAUUGAGCUUCGAUCAUGAAGCAGUUUUCAAGCUUAGCAUGGACUUCUUUUCUCUCCCAACCAACGAGAAGAUGAAGCUGGCUAAGAGGAGCUUUCGCAAGGACCACUUAAAUACUUAUCGAGGGUAUUUCCCCACACAACCAGAUCUUGCCAGUGAUAACCUGAAGGAGGGUUUUGAGAUCGGGCCUCAGAAUCCCAUGCCGCUGACAUCGGCAUCAAACAAGACAUCCAACAACAUCCAUUUGCCAAAGAUCAAUCUUUCAGAACACAAUAUCUGGCCCGCGCCAACCGUAUUUCCCUCCCGCCAAAAGCUCGAGCAGCUCCACAAUGAACUACAAUCUCUUGCAUCAACCUUGCUCUCUCUCCUUGCCAUCUCACUUGGUAAAGAUGCGGAUUUCUUCUCAUCAUACCUGACAAACUCACUCAGCACAUUGCGACUCCUCCACUACCCGACCACUUCAUCAUCCGCUCACUCACAAGGACAAGAGUUACUGGGUUCCGGUUCCGUGAAGUUGAGUUGCACCCCGCACACGGACAGCGGAAUUCUUACCCUUCUACAUCAGGAUGCUACAGGGGGUCUAGAGGUUCAAAAUUCAGAUGGGAAAUGGGUUGCUGCGCCGUAUGUUCCAGAAUCCAUCGUUGUGAAUAUCGGCGAUUUGAUGGCGAAGGUGUCAGGUGGGCGGUUCGUUGCUACCAUGCAUCGUGUACGCGCCCCACCCGCGGCCGCACCCACACUUACAUCCGCAGCUCCAAUUUCUACGAAUACUGUUGGGACAGAGCAUUUUGGUAGAUUUAGCGUGCCGUUUUUCUUCGAGCCAGGUGAGAAAUGCGUUAUCAAAUCGGUUGACGAUGCGGAAGGGGUCGGUGCCGUUGUUUAUGGGGAGCAUGUGAGGGCUAAGAUGAAGACUUGGGUUGAGUUUCGAGAUCUUUGAGUGGAGGGAAUGCAAGGGCAUUCCUAAUGAAGGAAAUUUGUGGUAUCGGGGGACGGGUCAUCGGUAUAUUUAUAUCCUAUUCCUAUCUUUCAGUCGUAUCUGUGGAUGGGGUGUUUUUUUCAGCUAUCAGUAAGAAAUAGCUGUCUAUUCUUCAUAUGCAUUGGACUGGACUUCAGGGAAGGUGUCCUCAUAUCCCCCAACGCGACCAUUGACCUGCCAAAAAUCAUUAGCUUUCACGAAUUGAUACUACUACCCACGGCCCACCAAUUGCAUGGGGAAUUCGUUAUUUUCAGUCCUAUCCUUCCUCCUAACGACCAGUCAACUUAGUCUUGCCGGCUCCGGUACCUCUCCGUCCGACUCAUCCCGUGAAGCAAACUGGGUGAUUGCGCAACCGAACUUCCUUCUCUCUAGUUCUUUUUCACCCACUUGAAGAGAAUAGUGUCCCUGAUAAGAGUUCAACUGGCUUUUCCGAACCUACUGUGAUUGGUGUGUUCCAGGCCAACUAGUCGGAGGAUAGAUCGUGACAAAGAAAAGCCGGAAAAGAAUCCAAUACAACCGCACAUUACGCACCACUCUCUCCGAUUAUCCUUCAUAAACAAAGAAAAAAAGUC